GUGCCCGAUCGCUAACUAACUACUGGCCGGGGCAUGCGCCCCGCAGUCUGGUUCGAUGGUGCACCUGCUCGGAAAAAGCGCGGCUGGCGGAGCAGAUGCAUCCACCACGUGGCUGGAGCGAUCGGAACCAGCGUCCAGUCACGUUACAUCGGGGAGGGGUGAAGAGGAGGAGGAGGAGGAGGGAGGAGGAGGGAGGAGGAGGGCGCGAGCAGGGCGCUCCGCUGGGAGGGCGGCGGCCGCGGCGCGGGGGCACCGGCGGAGGCCACCCCCGCCCCGCAGGGGCGCAGACCCCGCCUCGGGAGACGCCGACGCGGUGCGGCGCAUACACGUCGUCCGCGGAUCAGUAGUGGCGGAUCGCUCUGUCCACGUUGGUCCUUGCAGAUGGGGCAGUCCGUGCACCGCCUGAGCCACUCCUCUACGCAGCUGGAAUGGAACACGUGGCGGCAUGGCAACCGCCGGCACUCGUCCCCGAUCUGAGGAAGAGGGGGAGGAGAAGGAGGAGGAGGAGGAGAAGGAGGAGAAGGAGGAGGAGGAGGACGACGACAG